AUGAGCAAAUGUAAAAGUAAGUACCAGAAGAGCACCGAGCUUCUCCUCAGGAAGGCGCCGUUCGCUCGCUUGGUCCGUGAAGUGUGCCAGGGGUUCGGCAAAGGCUCCUACAGGUGGCAGGACUUGGCUCUGAUGGCGGUUCAGGAGGCGGCCGAGGCCUUCUUGGUGUUGCUCUUGUCUGACGCCAACCUGUGCGCCAUCCACGCCAAGCGGGUCACCGUGUUGCCCCGCGACAUCAUGCUGGCCCGACGUAUCCGCGGGGACCCAGACACUGUCUUAGCAAGAUGGCCACUGCGCCGUUGGACAUUUGUUUACAUUUCGUCUUGUUGAUGUUUCUGUGUUCUAAUAGAGUUCUUGUUAUGACUGGA